AUGCAUGCUCUCCGCUUCGAAGGACGUGUGGUGCUUGUGACUGGCGCAGGUCGUGGACUUGGUAGAUCUUAUGCACUGGAAUUUGCCAAAAGAGGAGCUAAAGUUAUUGAUGUCGUUGUCAACAAUGCUGGAAUUCUAAGAGACACAAGUUUUGCUAAAAUGAGUGAACUGGAUUGGGAUUUGGUGAUUAAAGUUCAUUUAAAGGGUGCAUUUUCUGUCACUAAAGCAGCCUGGCCAUAUAUGCGUGAAAGAAAGUAUGGCCGUUUGGUAUUCAUUUCUUCGAAUUCUGGAAUAUAUGGGAGUUUUGGUCAAGCAAACUACGCUGCUGCUAAGAUGGCGCUAAUUGGAUUGUCAAAAACUCUGGCUCUCGAGGGUCAGAAAUAUAAUAUUAUCAGCAAUGCUUUGGUGCCUACAGCCGGUUCUCGGAUGACUGAGACAAUAAUGCCAGACGAUUUGGUUAAGGCAUUUAAACCCGAAUUUGUAACUCCUCUCUGUAUUUAUCUGGGACAUGAAAAUUGCUCUUCAACAGGACGAAUUUUUGAAGCUGGAGCAGGCUGGUAUGGAACAGUUGAGUCCUAUCGUUCUGCGGGCCUGGUUAUUGCAAAUGCUAUUGCUGAAGAUGGCAAGUCUAUUUUGUCCUUUAAUUGCUAA